AUGGAGAUGAAUAUAAUUUCGUUUAUCGAGGCUAAGGAUCUAUUUGCUAUAAUAAUAUCUAUCACUGCUCUGAUAUCCAUCUUGCAAAUUAGCGUUAAUGCUGAAUUUAAUGUCAUAAAUUAUGGAGCUUCUGGGAAUGGGAUCAGUACUGACGACUCCUUGAAAGAAAGGGAUUUGUCAACAUGGCUACGCUUUAAGGACAUAGCUUGGCUAACAGUAAGUGGAUCUGGGCUCAUGGAUGGACGUGGUAAAGGCUGGUGGGAUGCCUCCUGCCGAUACCGCCAUGGAAAGGGAUGUUUCAUUCUUAUGCCCACUGCUGUAAGAUUCGAAGGAUGUGAACAUUUGCUUGUGGACCACAUCAACAUUGUAAACAGUCCACAAAUUCAUAUCACUCUCCUGGGAAGCCGAAAUGCAGAGUUGAGAUUCUUAGACAUACAGUCUCCUGAAAGCAGCCCUAACACCGACGGAAUUCACAUUUCAUCCUCUAACGAUGUUACGAUCCACGACUCAAUUAUUGGUUCUGGUGAUGAUUGCAUCUCCAUUGGAGAUUACACUUCCAACAUUACUAUUCUUGAUGUUUCUUGUGGCCCUGGUCAUGGUAUUAGCAUUGGGAGUUUUGGUGGGGGUGGAAAUGAGGUGGAGGUGGAGGGCAUAUUUGUAAGUCGCGCUAACUUCAGUGGUACAACCAAUGGAGCUCGGAUCAAAACAUGGCAGGGGGCUAGAGGUAAUGUCAGAGACGUCCAUUUCUCUGAUUUAAUCUUCACAGCAGUGGAAAAUCCAAUUAUCAUCGAUGAGCACUAUGGUGAUCCGCAAGAAAAAAAUCAAACCGGGGUGCACAUAAGCGAUGUGAGCUAUUCUAGGGCACAAGGCACGGCGAAGACAGCAGUGGCUAUCAACUUCAAUUGUAGCAGUAGCGUUGCUUGCACCAACAUCACGUUAGACAAUAUUCAGUUGAAAUCAUCUAUUCGAGGACAACAACUCUCUUCUUUCUGUAUCAAUGCUCAUGGUAUCACUAAAGGGAUUGUCGAUGCUGCUAGGGAUGUUGUGAAGGAGCUUAUGGUGGUUGGUGAGGGAUAUGGGUGGCAAAAAUCCAAUGAGGUAGGUAAGGAUAUGGUUACGGUUCUUGGUUAUGUUUUGGGUUUUGGUGGAAAUGAAGAUGAGUUCAUUUUUGCUCUUAAAUGA